AUGGAACAGAGGAAAAUACUUAGUCUUAUGCUGCACUCAAUCCGUGAUGCAGCAAGUAAGUUAAUCAUAUCACACAGCAUCCGAACCAUAACAAUUGUGGGUUAUAUGAUUCAAAAAACAUGUUCAUCCUUAUCUGUUGGCGGGCAAGUCAGACGUGCUGAAUUGCUUGCUUAA